AUGGAUCCAAUGUCUCCUCAAGCCCUGCACGACCUCAAGAACACUCAGUCUCGGCAAUCAUGGCCACACUCCGAGUGCUUCGAUCAUAUCUCUGGAACAAAGGCCAAUAGAACGCUCAAAUGCAAAAACUUUGUAGAUGGCCCGAUGAAGUCAUAUCAUUCCGGCGAAAGCACCUUGAUUGAUUCCAUCACCGUCGCUAGGCUUUCUCAAACCCUUCUUCUGAAUAGCAGCGGUGAGCGAGACAACACAAUCUGGGCUAAAAGCUUCGAUAUGAUUCUCAAGUUGUCAUGCUGA